CCCGCCGCCGGCCGGGGCGGGCAGAGCCGGCGCGGCGCGCAGGGGAGAGGCGGCCCGAUGGGGCGGCCGGCCGGCAGCCUGGCCCCGCUCCGGCUGCUGCUGCUCCUGGCGCUGGGGCACGCCUGGACCUACCGGGAGGAGCCACAGGACGGCGACAGGGAGGUUUGCUCCGAAAACAAAAUCGCCACCACCCGGUACCCCUGCCUGAAACCCACGGGCGAGCUUACCACCUGCUUCAGGAAAAAAUGCUGUAAGGGUUAUAAGUUUGUUCUUGGACAGUGCAUCCCUGAAGACUAUGAUGUCUGUGCCGAGGCUCCCUGUGAACAGCAGUGCACAGAUAACUUUGGGCGAGUCUUAUGCACUUGUUAUCCUGGGUACCGCUAUGAUCGAGAGAGGCACAGGAACAGAGAAAAGCCUUAUUGCCUGGAUAUAGACGAAUGUGCCACAAGCAAUGGGACCCUGUGCUCUCAGAUCUGUGUCAACACCGUAGGCAGCUACAGGUGUGAGUGUCACGAAGGCUAUACGCGGGAGGAGGAUGGCAAGACAUGCACCAAAGGAGAUAGAGCUGGGCUUACUGAGAAAUCUGAAAAUGUGGCGAAACCAGGGACAUGCUGUGCCUCGUGUAAGGAAUUUCAUCAAAUAAAGCAGAUGGUUUUACAACUGAAGCAAAAGGUUGCUUUUCUUCCAAAUAAUGCUGCUGAUCUUAGCAAGCAAAUCACUGGUGAAAAAGUGCUUGCAUCUAAUGCAUAUAUCCCUGGCCCCCCAGGCCAGCCUGGCCAACCAGGCCCUCCAGGAGCUCCAGGACCAAAAGGGAGUCAAGGAGUUCCUGGGUCACCUGGACCUCCCGGACAGCCAGGACCCCGUGGAUCAAUGGGACCUAUGGGCCCAUCUCCAGACAUAUCACAUAUUAAGCAGGGCAGACGGGGUCCCGUGGGUCCACCAGGAGCCCCAGGGAGAGAUGGCAGCAAGGGGGAGAGAGGUGCACCAGGACCAAAAGGGAUACCUGGCCCACCAGGUUCAUUUGAUUUCCUAUUGCUGAUGAUGGCAGACAUCAGAAAUGACAUCGCUGAGCUGCAAGAGAGAGUAUUUGGACACAGGACUCAUUCAUCAACAGAGGAGUUUCCAUUACCUCAGGAAUUUACAAACUAUCACGACACAGUAGAUUUUGGAUCUGGAGAAGACUACAAACCAAGGGCAGCACCCAGGGACUCCAGGAUACAGAAGGCAGCCCAUCCUUAGCUAUGCCUACUGAAAAAAAUAGAGCCCCUUUAGAGUUCUUCAGUAUAAAAAUGCACUGACAAUGUAAAAUAUAUAUAUAUUUAUAUAUAUAUAUUAUUUCCCAAUUUUCUCUCUGCUUUUCCUCAACCAUGCUGCCUGUACUAUAGGCUUCUGGAUUCAUGGUAGCCUCCUUGUAGCCUGGAUUCCAUACUGUCAAGCCUGCACUGUGCAUUGUACUAGAUUGUCAAGAAAAACUUCUUAGUAUAUAAUACAAUUCAGGCAUCCUCUAGGAUUAACUAGACCACAGCAUUUCAUCUGCCUACGUUGCAUUAUAUGUCCAAAUGACCCAGUACCCAAAUUUUGCCAGGGAUAGACAUGUAGCUGAACACCAUCCCUGAAUGACAUUAAUAACAAAAACCUUGGUCCACGAUUACUUUAUACAUGUAAAUAUAUUGCAUCACUGAACUCAAGUCUCCACCUACUGUCCCCAGGCUUAGGAAAGCAUCUUUGGCGAAGUGGAUCCCUCUUUCACAACAUAGGCCAUAGGCUAGCUGUUAAGUGGGAUAUCUUCUUCUAUUAUGCUCUCGCAUGACAAAAAAAGGCAAAAAAAAAAAAAAAAGGUGAAACAGUGAUACAAGGGCACUACUUCCUGAUAGGGAAAUUACUCAUCUUUGUGUUGCUAGACUAUUGUUCAAAAAGUGUCAAAAAGAUAUGUUUGUCCUAAACUACCACUACUUUUCCUUUACCAUUCACCUGCUGCUGAGUGUGAAGACCAGUUCCCUUCCUCAAUAGAUUCAUGCUAGAAACAUUACACAAAGAUGAGCAAGAGAACAGGGGAUGUAUAAAGCAAGAACACCAAUUGUAAGUGAGUCAAGCAGGCUUACUGGCAAGCACAGAACCAAACCCAGCCUUGCAGAAAGAGUCGGAGUGUGAGUUCCUGUGGGUGCAUGUCUUCCUUGGUGAAAUGCUGAAGUCCAGGUGAAACAAGACCAGAGAGAGGCCUCAUGUUUGCAAAGAGCUUCCAUCUGUUUCCUUCCUCUGCUGUAUCAGAGCAACCUAAAUUGCAUUCACGGAGCUGGAACACAAUGUUGCAGUGUAUUUGGCUGGGUAUAUGGGGAGUAUGAGUAAGUGCAGGAGUUCAAAUGACAGAACAUUUCAACUGGUACGAGGAUGGCUAAGGUGAGGUACUGCACAUGGGAUCCUAUAUUUGUGAAGAGGGAUGAGCGAGAGUGCCCUUUUUUUACACUGGAAAAUUGGAUGCACAAGUUAGAUCUUACCUCAUGGAUGAUGUAUGUUACCAUUUCUUUUGGAUUAUGACAGCUGCUGAGGACUUUGCCAUGCUUAGAAGAUAAAGGAGUAUAUUAAGCACAAAACUUCUAUGUUGUAUCUGUGUAGCUGCUACUUUUACAGUAUGUUUAGUGCUGGCUCAUGUCCACGUUACAAAUGAAAAGAAAAACUUCUUAUUUUGCCAUGUUUUUCAGAGCUUGUUCUAACAAAAUACGUACACGUAAAAAUACAAGGAGCCCUUUAAAGGUAGCCUGUAAAGGUUUGGGUUCCCUUCCAUACUUCCAGGCCAAAAGGCAGUUGGUGUCAUCUCUACAUCACUGGUACAAAUUCUGUAUAAAUAGCUGUGUAGCUAGAUCUUUCCUACCUUUCUUGUAUUAUCUUAAGACAAUGUAUUAAUUCCUCUGUUUUCCAACUUGUUGCUAUCACUAUGCCACAAGCAAGGGCAUUAGCUUUAAGACCCUUAAUGUUCUGUAUUCCUCUUCACAUUGUAUGUAUUUCAGUAUUUACAAAGCAAUGACUAAGUCACUGGGAUAGCUUAGCAAAAGUGGUAGUGCUCUCACACUGUGGUCUUUGGGCUUCUCCUCUGGGAGGCCCUCUGCCAGCAGCUGCAGAGCCAAGCAGUCUUGUGAACCACGUAAUAAAGACAUCAGUAAGGCUUGGGGAAGGAACUUGUGGCCAAAAGACAGAUGGUCUUAUAUGCAGCAGGCUGAAAGAAACCUCUAAGACAGCAUAAACUGAGGCAUUUGUUACUGAUUUUCUUAAUUUUACACAGGCAAAUACGUAAAAAUAACAUCAUUCAUGAAUAUGCAUUUUUAAGUAAAUUAAAUGUCAAAUGUUGUUAUUUGUAACUCCUACAAAUAAUGUAACUCUUGCAUAUGUUUACCACCACACCCCACAACCUGCUGGAUAAGGCCGAUUCCCACUGUAGCACUGUCAGCUGCAGGGUUUUUUGACCAUCAGAUACUGAACGAUUUUGAUGAAUUGCUUCCUACACACCAACUAAAUUCUGUUGACCCCUGAUGACAAGAAGAUGUGUUCUAAAAAAGGCAGUUUUUAGUUCUAAGCUCUGCUUUUCCAAAUAUAGACAAAUACCAAAUGAGAAGUUCCUACAGUUUGACCAUCAAUUUCAGGGGUAGGUGACAGUUGCCCUGCUGAGCGUAAGUAUGGAAGGGAAAUUCUAAGACUGAACCAGGAAAGUAGAUAAAAUGCUUGCUUCACUAUAAGCACAGAGUAAGCAGAAAAAGCUGUCCUACAGACUCUUCAAACAUAGAACAUGGCACAUGUUCACAUGCCUUUCUGGAUGGAAACCUCAGUAACUUCCCUUUCUGGAGUCUGCAUCAUUGGUUUUCACAGUCUAGAGCUCAGUUUCCAACAGACAUGCUUACUCCAUCAAAAAAGAUGAAGGAAAGUGCCCCUUGGUUUUGUCCUUGUUCUUCACCCUCCUCUUUCCAGACUCCCUGCUCCCAGGCUGUUGGCUGAGUCCCAGCAACAAGGAGGAGACAUCAUGGUAGAGAUUAAAUCCACCCAAGAAGACAUAGGAAUUCCUCCAGCAGGGAGAGUCCCUCAGAAGAGAACUCACUGGGAAGGUUCAGCUUUCUGUUUGCAUGCAGCUAAGAUCUUUGCAUAGGCUUCUCUCAUUUUAUUCUUCACUCACUCUAUGAUAACUUUCAUAACGUGUUGUACCAGAAACAUUUAAUUAAGAUUUCUGGUUAAAGACACACAGAUAGAAAAGUGCCAUUUUCUUCAGCAUACCCAAAGUUUCAUAAAGCCAGAGCAGGAAUCAUUUCCAGUCUUAAGUUAGUUACCCAGUAGCCAGGGAAGUCAUUACCUUAUAAAUUAUUUAUUAUUCUUUGGCUCCAAAAAUAACAAACUCCCCCAAGAAUCCAAAAUCAGAAUGUAGAAACACAUACGCUCAUGCCUACUUUCAUUACUUGGCUCACGCACAACUUUGUUUCAUAUAAAUACUAUGUAUAAUUUUAUUAGAAAGAAAUACUAUUUUGAUGUUAAGACAUCAAGUUAUAAGCAGAAGAAUAAUAAAAGAGUUUGUUAUUUUAUUAAUAUUAGAAAUAUAUUUAAUGGAAACAUUUGCAAGAGUGUAUAGUGAUGGGAAAAUGCUGAUUGUUAAUGAGUUUAACAAAAUUAUAAAGCUUGGAAAAUGUUUUCUUUCAACACUGUGUCAAAUAACAUGCAGGAUUAAUCUUUCUUGCGAUGUGGGGAUACUGACACAGAAUUCACAGGCUAAAUCAGGAAAAUGAGAGGAGAACUGAUUGUAAAUGGAAUUAAGGUAAUGCUUGGAGUUAUUGGUGGCAUCACAGCUUGAGUAACCUUCUUCCUAGAAGUAUUUCAGAGUUAAUACACUAAGCCCCAGAGAAGCAACAAAAGACUGGGUUGGGCCCAAGAAUUUGUAAAUGUCACUUAAAAUCCAUAUGUUUGUUCCUAUUACACAUUCCAGUAACUAUACUGUUCACUUUAUUUAUAUAUGAAAUACUAAAAUGUGUAUAAAAUGACUGUGAUUUUAUGCUGUAUUCAUAAUAACAAAGAUAUUUUUUCUUA